GCGGCGCGGGCGCGGGCGUGGAGUCAGUCCGCCGCCGCCCGCGACCGUGCGCGCGCGUCCCCGGCAUGCACGUGCCACGCGCCAGCUGAUCGACAACAUGACGCAAGAGGAACCGUGCCCGCGCCUGCACCCCGACCUGCACACCGACGCCUCCGACGAGGACGCCGCCGCCGACGACGUCGUCACCAGGGAGAGGAAAAGCGUCAAAGACAUGGUCCUGCGCUUCGAGAGAAGCGCAAUCGCCACCAACCUAUCAGACUCCAACGAAAGCCUCGCGAGGCACCGGGAGCUAGGAUGCUUGACCGGUGUUAUCAAUCCGAUACAUGCCCACUUCCAACAUCUCAGCCCGGCGACCAAAUCUCAAGAUAGGAAUUCAAACAUAUCAGUGAACUCGAUUUUAUCAAAUGCUUCCGAGGUCUCGUACGAAUCGAGCUCAUCUGGAUUUAUCUCAGAUAGGAAAUCUGGCAUUGAAUACUCAGUCCCGCGGAGACCGGCACCCGCUCCGCCUGAUUUGUUCUGCGACAACUCGUCUGAAAGUAGCAAGUCAUCGACACAAGAAGAGAUGUCGAUGAAGGAGAGAAGAUUCUCGAUAUCGUCGGGUUCAUCGCCUGUGGUGAUGCGGCGCUCGAGGCAGCCCCCAGUCAUUAGAAGGAAAUCUUCAGUCAGUAACCAAAUGGGAGGAGAAACUCUUUGGUCCUACGGUGUUAGACAGAGUGAUUUGGAAAAGAUACUUAGCCUGAAACGAUCUGAAGAUACUGAUACUGAGGAAGACCCGAUAGUAUUGAGAAAUAGCCUGCAACGUCCCAAUGACAUUUCUAGUGAUGAAGGUAGUGCACAAAGUAGUAGUAACGACGUUAGCAUCAGCAACGACAGUAAAGAGGAUACGAUAUCGAGAGACCAUUCGACGGAUACACUGAUAAAUGAUGAAGAAGGAGGCAGUGACGACGCGGAUGACAAGAGCUCGGAGACCUCGGAUGUUUCUGGUGCUCGUAGUGAUUAUGACAAUGUUAGUAUUAAGUCAAUUUCUUCGUUUGACAUGGUGCCGUACCAAAGGUAUGACAGUAUUACAGUGUCUUCAGAUGAGUUUGGCUCCGAGGUGUGCCACGCUCCGGACUCUGAGUUCUUGACAGUAAGUGCAGUGAACGAGUGGUGUAUUAGUAAUUCCAAAGAACCGGUAUUAAUACCUGUUGAGACUAAAAAGGAGAAAUAUCGAAGACGUCUGACAGAGCGUGUGAACGAGCUGGUCCACACGGAGACGGUCUACUGCGAGCGUCUCCGCCACGUGGUGCAGGACUACCUGCCGGCCUGCGCCGCCGACGACGCCCCGGUCCGGAGCCUCAAGCCGGACAUCUUCGCCAACAUCGAGAGGAUCCACCGCUUCCAUGCCGAAGAGUUUCUGCCGGCGCUGCGCAGCUGCGAGAGCGAUUUGAAGAAGUUGGGCCAGUGCUUUCGGAGAUAUGAGCAACGGUUCAACAUGUACGUUAUGUACUCAAGGAAUAAUAAGAGAGCUACAAGACUGGUAUUCGAACAUAAACAAUUCUUUCAGAAAAAGCAGCACCAAUUAGGCGAUAGACUAGACUUAUCAAGCUACCUUCUGGAGCCAGUGCAAAGGAUACCCCGAUACAAGCUAUUCCUUGACGAUCUGGUGAAAACUUACGGUAGCUACGAGAACGAGAGAAUAGAAUCAGAUUCUAGAAUAUCGAAAUUGUCGGUGGACAGUGACGAGACCGGGGGGAGCAAUGGGGACUCCUCCGAUAAUGACGAAACUCCCUUAGAGAGUUUGAAGCAAGCAAAAACGAUGAUCGAAUGCGUUCUGACGGCGAUAGAUGGCAUCAUGGCGCUGGAGAACAUUCGAGACUGUCCGUCACACAUCAACCUGCUGAACCAAGGGCGGUUGCUGCGGCAAAAUGAGUUCUAUGCCAUGGACGCAGCGCGCAGGCGGCGGCAACUCGUCAGGGUGUUCCUAUUUGACAAGCUGCUGCUAAUCACUGCUGUCUACAGGAAGCAACUGACCAUCGAGCUGUUCCUCUACAAAGACCACAUCCCGGUGGACGAGCUCGGCAUCACGGCCAAGGAGCAGGACCAGCACAAGUUCAGCAUCUGGUACAAGAAGCGGAACGUCAAGACCUACAAGCUGGAGACCAGAGACGCGGCUGUGAGGAACUGCUGGGUCGAUGAUAUUACGUCACUGCUGUGGGACCAAGCGAUGAGGAAGAAAGAGAUCCUGCUUCAGGAGCGCAAGAAGAGGCUCUCCAUGAUCUCCAUGAACAGCCAGGAGUCCUCGGAGGGGGACCGGAAUGAAGACAAAUAUAACUCGUUGCGCGGAGUGCCGGGCGAGGUGCGUCGCUGCGAUAACAAGGUCGGCGAAGUGAGGCGAACUACUUGGUACUGCGAAUGAGGAGGGUUACUUUAUACUGACGAAAAACUAACAAACGUUUUAUACAACUAGAUAAGCGUAGCUCGCGUAGCAGUCGCUUCGAAGCUUCGUUUUUCGUCAUAUAGAGUGACCCCCAAGGUUCGCACUUUGAAUUUCAUGCAACCUCCUUGAUGAGGACAUCUGACGCGAUGUUUUCUUCUUCAUCCUGGCCACUUCACUGGCAAGGAGUCUUAUGUGCAGGAUUAGGACAUAUUUUGUUAUAGCUGACCAACGCAACGCAACCGCCAUGAUACGUAGUAUAUUUUGAAUUCAACAAUAAAUAAUAAGUAAAACAAAUGAAUAGAAGUUUUGAUUUGGAAAUGUUGCUUAGUCUAAAAUAAGGUUAACUAACGAACAAACAAAAGUAUUUUUAUAUUGCAGCCAUUAUUACCAUCUUAGCAAAACUUAAGAUAUUAUACGUAAAAAAUAAAUUGAGUACCUAUUGAUAAAGGUCCGGGCUAGAAAGCUGAACAUUGAGUAUUGACUUGUCAAUCAUUUGUGUAUACACUGCCGGGCAAUAGAAAUUUCCACUUACAAAAUUUCGACACUAAACGACCCCAAUUUUUUCUAAGAUUUAAUUUGAAAUUAGAACAAAAUACUUCCGUUUUCAGUUUUUUAUAUUUUGAUUCUCUGUUAAAUGUACUUUAAUGUUGCAGAAGUUGUCUUUAAGCCAGCCUUUUCCGUUUAGAAGUAAUUUGAAGCUUUUCUCAGUGGAACUUUUCAUUGCCCGUGAGUGUAAUAUGGCUAUAGCUUCAAUUACACAGUCUGGUAUUAAUAUUUAACAUUUUAAAUAAUAAAAAAGAAAUUAACUAAAGCUAAAACUAUUUUUAAAUGUAAAACCUUAGUACUUAUAACUUGUUCGUUUUGUUUAAUGAAAAAAAUCAAUGAGAUUAGAAUCUAAUUAAAGAACUUUUCAAAUUAUUAGGCAACCAACAUUGGAAAGGAAAGCAAAUAACCAAAGUAAUAUCUUAUGAAAAUGUACAAGGACUUAAUUAAUGUGAUAAUUAUAAAAGAGUGUAUUAUCUAAGAAUGUGAAGUAUUCGUAUCUAGGAACUGAAAAUAAAUUAAAUUUUGUAUAUAAAAUAUAAAUGUUAUUUAUUGUGUAAGUUUGUAUCAACAGUAAUGUUAUUGUUUAGUUAGAUGACUAUAUGGCUAGUUUCAUUGCCGAUGAAAUAAUAAUAAGUAUGUCUAAUUAUACCUAAUGAGUUUAUCGAUGAAGCAAUAUUAAACCGUAAUCAAUAAUGUUAA